GUGCCAGUGAUAAAAAAUCCGGCACACCAUCCACCUAGAGGCGUUAGUCACUUGUCGUUUUUUCGUAGCAGGCUAUGUCGUUGGGCAACGCAGGGCGAAUUGCUGUUUGUUGGACUGUUCUGACCGUGGGUGGCGUGUACGCUUUUGUGCUGUCAAAGCAAUCCGUUGAGAACCGGCGUUACGAGAGCAUGCGAGUACGUGAGCGCAUGAGGAAGGCAAACCAAGGCGAUUACGACUCAACCGCAGCAUCGGACAGGCGAUUCGACUACUAG